AUGAAGCCGGUUCUGCUGACAUUGAUGUAUUGGUCAGUCAGGCUCCUACAUGCCGAUGGUCAGUCCGAGGACCACGACAAGGAUUCAUCAAGACCGUACCUCUGUACGUCAGCUAACCAAUGUACACCCGGAAUUUCAACAAUCGCGGACACUGCUGUAGACGCGAGAUCUGUCAUGUCUGCAAGCCAGUCUUGGUGUCUCGAGAGCGUGGUUAAUUCCGUAGUCGUGAAUACUUAUGUGACCGAACAGGCCCAUGCGUUGAGUGGAUGUGCGCGGACACUUUCUUUCACACUGCUGUCGGUUGAUGCAUGACCAAUGUCUUCUUCGUGUUACUGGCCAGUCCAAAGACUGCAGUCAAAGUUCGCGAUAAUAAUCCUCGGCGACUGUCCCUCGUACGUCAGUUAGUCAGUCAAAACCCGCAUUUGCGGCCAUUUGUGUCCCACAGCCCGUUUAACGCAUGGACGCUGACGUGCGCGCGAAUUGGUUUAGGAUGACAAUAGGCAUGCACGGCACCUACUACGCUGUCAACUCCCUCGCCCUCCUGAUCUCGACGAAUUCGGAAAGACAAGGAGCGGGAACCGGCGGGUAGUCGACAAAGCAUAUCCACUCGUCUACGCGUGCCAUGCAAGGUGUCCUACGUAGUAGGAGUUCCAUAGAGGACACUUGAACGUUGAGUAUUUGCAGUCGAGUCUUCCCGCCCGUCGGAUGUCUUCGAACCAAGACCAUUUAAUGUCCUAUGAUUAUUUCAUACACCUCAGGCUCUUAGUUGCAGGGAAAAUGCGCCAAGAAUCCCCAUCAAUUUAUCUUUCUUCUCUCAGGCAGUCGACUAGUUUCAGAAUCAGUCUGACGCAAAGCCUGAGCUCAGCGGUCAACAGAACCUAAGAUAACACUUCUACGAUUGUCAUAGCCGUACCUACCCCCAUCCAGCAAACAGUGCGCGGAAUGAAUGGAUCUCACAUUUGUUAAAGCGGCGGAUGGGUCACAUGGGGUAGGAACCGAUAAAUCAGCUUAAUCACCCACUAUGCCAGACGGGCUAACUGGCAGUUCAGACCUUAAAAAACCAAGGUUAUACGAGAAUAUCAAACGCCUAAUCAGUAACAGGUUCUGGAUUUUGAAUUUGAGAAUCAUGGUCUUGUCAUGGAGAUCCAUUGGGUGAUUUCGCUAAAGGACUGGUUUCCACAAAGUUCAUCAUUCCACCGGCCGCCAGAGUGCGGCAAUUAUGCAUCGAACAAAUAAAAGGGCAUUCUGCUGAGUUCAGUCAUGCGCCGGACAACUGAACAAGAAUGAAUUUCGGUAUUAUGGCCAUAUUUCUUACUUCGGGUGAAUUAUUUUUCCGAAAAAAUUGCGUUUAUUCAAGGCUCGCGCCUAUACCGCUGAAGCAGGUGCACUUUGACUGAAACUGACACGUGCAGACUCCACCCCUAUGAUCUUCUUUACUGCAAAAUCUACCUUACAUGUGCCAGCACAGUUCAGUUUACACGAGCGAAAUUCGUGUUGGCCAACGUAUUUGUGUAUGCAUGCAUGUGCCAAAGGGCCAAAAACUUUCCAUUCAGAAACCACUCCCGAUUUUUGGAAAAAGGGGUAGACAGUGGAUGAUUAUUGCCUACUUGGAACAUUUUCGGCUAAUAACGUCAACCACCUUGAAUUCGUUUGUAGGGAACCUGUUUGCUAUCGUGCAAAGGGUUGGGGAAAGUACCACCUUGUAGUCGACGUGCACUAUCUGGUCUUCGUAGAUCAUGGGAUUCAUCUAGCCGUUCUGCAACCCGAUUCUCAGUUCCAGUUUGCGGAAUGACGUUUUUUCCAAUGUAUGCUUGUGAAUGUAACCUAUCUCAUGAAACCCAAAGACGGAAACUGAUGCGAAACUUUUUCUGGAAGCAUUUAACGUUGAAUAUUUUGUUCGCUCAUCCACUUCCUUCAAUGAAAUGUACUUCAGUUGGGCAGAAAUUGUGUUUAUAUAUUUACAUGAAGUAAAAUAUCAGUAAAUUUUAGCGAAAAUAGGCGUUGGAAGAUAUUUGUUCUAUUUCCUAUGCUGAUACAUAUCAGAGACUCCGGUUACGCAUCUAAGCGGCUUUUUCAUUGAAAGGAUAGUAAUUUGCCAGCGAGAGCAUUAAUAAACAGAUCUGGUCGGACUUGAAAAUUUAUUUUAUUUCCCAUGUUAACCGUGGUAAUUAAUCUGUUAACACAAAAGUUACUUUUAAAAAACCAGAGGUUUUAUGAAGUCCUAAGUUGAACAUCAGCAGAUCUGUGCAGUUUGAUGCCCGAAAGUGCAGUAAUAACGCAGAUAGGGAUUUCUUCGUUUAAAUGGUCUGAAAUAGUUUCGUCGUUCAGAAAAUGCUACCUGAUGUCAAUUACAUGACUGCCAACGGAUGGUCAUGGCCAGUUCUUAACAUAUGAAACACUACUUGUCAUAUAGCGUAGUUCCUGCGCAUAACUUAGUCAGAAAUGGAACAAACAAAACAUUAAUAGUUUCCUCAAAAUAUCGGCAUUUAUAUGGGCGCUCUGCCGUGUAUUCACAACAUAAGAACGGAGUCUAAAUGCGAUCAAAAGCAGUGGAAAUGGCCUCAAGGUAUAGAGGAAGGCAUGUUCUUACGCUUACGGUAGAAAAAACAGUAUUGUUUAGGAACGUGGGAGAAACGGUCAAAAGUGCCAAAUUUUUACUUGGGCUCACCGUGCAAAAAUGCAUAAUACACAGAGAUCCGCCAACGGCGUGCACUAAUAAAGCACUUCUUAUAGAGAUAGCUUAUUAAGGAAAUUUUUUUUAUUGAUCAAAGUCAUAUUUGUUGCUGACUCUCGUUGUCAACAGCUAUGCUUCCCCAAAAUGCAGUUUAACGUUUGAAUGAGUCUUCACUUUUGACCCCAACGACCGUCUUUGUGAAAAGAGGCGCCAGAAAACUCAUUAAUUCAGUAAAUGUCUUCAAUAAUUAUCUUAUUUUAAGGUUCUUAACAGACAGGCAAUUCAGAAUCUCUCUUUAUGUUCGAUCGGAUGAAAACACUGAAAAUCAUGAAGUAUUCAGCAGCAUUUUGAAACCGAUCUGAAAUUUAACGAAAUUAAAGAUUAAUUUAACGGAAGAAAUGUUCUCUCUAUGAGCACAAAAUGGUACGUUUGCGAUCAUGCCUCUCAGUUCUAUUUAAAUUUAAGGCACCAGCCGGCCGCAUGGCAUGUCAGCUUAUGAAAGCCUUUGUUUCUACGAUGUCCCCAUCGGUGAAAUCAAGCAAAAUCCAGCGUCUGUUGUUGAACCCUAUCUCAUGUGCUCCAAAAAAUCAAAAAUAACACGAAACCCUGGAAAUCUGCUUUGGAAUCUGCACCCAGAAUGUAGGCAGUUGAGAAACCAUCAUAUAUGAAAUCACACUAAUUAUUUAACGAUAUGAAGAUGAAAACAUAAUCGAAACGUUAUUCUAAGACAUUUUGUUAUUUCUACUUUCAUAUUUAUUAUGGUAAUGAUAUGAAAAUACAUUCUUUAAUCUUAAAACGAAGUUUACUAAAUUAGGGCCAUUUCUGGCGUUUUUGGGAUAUUACGAUUUUAUGAAAAAAUAUCGGGCUUUCUAUACAGCGCAACAAGGUCUUUACAAGUUAUGUGUUUUUAAUGCUCUUAAACUUGUACUUAAUUACCAUAGACAUUGGACUCAAGAAAUAGUGACGAUUUGCGAGAGGUUGACAAUCAUUCGUAAUUUUCGACCCAUUUCAUGAUUUAGAUCGCUAACUGAAGUGCCAAAUGCCCAAGAAACUCUCCCUAGGCAGAAGAUUCGCCAAAGUUUUGGAGAAAAUUGUUGACAGCAAGUGGUUAUUGCCUACUUGGAACAUUUACUGCUGAUAACCUCAAACACCUUAAAUCCGUUUGCAGGGAACCUGUUUACGACCAUGCAUAGAGUUGGGGAAAAUACCACCUUGUAGUCGACGUGAAACAAAUUCUAUGCCACGAAUAAAAGUAGGCUAUGCCUUGUUCACCUAUUAUGUCUAAUCCCCCUAGGAUGAUCUUUGGUUAAACGGUUUACCUCUUCUUGUAAAUAUGAAAUGACCGUGUGCAGUUUCAUAAUAGGCAAAGAAACUUUGUGACGUCAAUAAAUCCUGCACGUAUUGCCGCCUUAGCCCUGUUCAUGUAUCAGAAUGCAUGACGGCAUUGAAAAUCAACGGAAAAAAUUCGCGCCAAUUAAGUUUAUGCGGUUAGCAGUCGGUGGAUAAAAGGUAACUUCCUUGAAUCAACACGGUAAAAUGAUCUUCUAACCGGCAAAAUCUACCCAUCAUGUGCAGGCAUAGUUCAGUCAACACAAACAAAAUUCGUAUUAGCCAACGUAUGAAUGUGUGCUUGCCAAAUGGCCAAAACUCUCCCUUAUUUGAGAAACCACUCCCUAUUUUUGAAAAAAUUGUUGAUACCGAUUGAGCAUUGCAUACUUGGAAUAUUGUCAGCUGAUCACUCGACCAAACUUAAUCAGUUUAUACGAAACUUGUUUACUACCAAGCAUAGGGUCGGAGCAAACGCGAACUUGUAUCCAACGUAAACAAGCUUCCAGUCCAUGAAUAUAAAUAGGUAGCACUAAUAGAUAGACCUCUGAACAAAGGUUUCCUUCACAGCCAGAAUCAUCAGCAUGUCAGGUACGAUUCGCGUCUUUGCUGAUUUCUCAAACAUCAUGAACAGUACAAUGACGUUGAAGUCCAUUUACUGAUCACAAUGUAUCAAAAACCUUAUCAAUAUUGCAUAGUCUACGUACAUCUAUCGGAGAAACUGAUUUCACGGGAUUUUCGCGUUCAACGACAUUGCAACUAGAAUCGCCUUUAAAGGAACCGUAGAUUGCAUCUCAUUUAAACAAAACUUUCCGAUGGACUUUAUCAUGCCCAAUUCUGCUUUGCCGCUUAUCCGCUUUAUCCCACAUAGCAAAACAACUGCUUACCACUUUCCAGAAACACAUACAGUAGAUGUGCUAACUCGUGAAAUUUAAAUGAAAAUUUCGAAAUGCGUUCUCGUUUCGAAAAGAUAAAUUAAGUAUUGUUGUUUAACUAAUCAUUAUGCAGCAUAAAUCUAUAAUAAUCCGGUUAUGUCAGGGGGUCGGCUUUCGAAAGAAUUCAUUUUCGGCUGCGUGCAAGAUCUAAACCCUGCAAAAAAUGACUACUAAACUAGCAUGCAAUUUUCUCAUUGAAAUUCAAUGCCCCAGAAAAUUCCAUUAUAUUUCAUGGAAAACGUGCAUAAAAAUAUUAGGUAUUUUACUUAUUCGGUAGAAAAUCACGUCUUCUUCUAAUUUUAUUUUCGAAAGAAAGAUAUAAUUCGGUUUUAAAACAGUUGCUAAUUGUGAGAUUUUUAAUACCGUUAAAUGGCCGUUCAUGAAACGGCAUGUAUCUGCCAUUACGAAUGUGUCCUGUACAGUUAACAAUAUUGCUCAAAUCCACUGCUUAAUUUUAUGAACUUCAUAUAGUCUCAUCUUAACACCGCAGAAAAAUGCAUGAUUUUCCGUACACAGAAAAUAUACAGCUUGUCGUUUUGAAACCCUGAAUGCAAGUGUAACAGCAGUUCCGGUUAAAAAUUAUCCGAGGAUUAGGAAAGUUUUUUAAAAUCGAAUUAUAUUCUUUUUUGAGUAUGAAAUUGAAAGGGGACGUGAUUUUCUACCGAAUAAAUAAAAGAAUGAAUAUAUUUUUACAGACGUUUUCCAUGAAAUAUAAUUGAAUUAUCAAGGACAUCGAAAAUCAAUGAGAAAAUUGCGUGCUACUUUAGAAGUCAUUUUUCGCAGGGUAUAGAUCCUGCAUACAGCCGAAAAUAAGUUCCCUCAAAAGCCGACACCCUGAGGUAACUGGAUCAUUAUAGAUUUAUGCUGCAUCAUGAGUAGUUUUACAACAAUACUUAAUUUAUCUUUUCGAAACGCGAACGCAAUCCGAAAUUUUGGUUGACAUUUAAUGAGUUAGCAAAUCUACUGUAUCUGUCCGAUAAUUCAUCGGGAUAUUUGCCUGAAGUUGCUGUCACAUACGUUAUAGGUAUAUAUUGGUACCUGCUGCUUCAAGCGUAAUAUUCAGCAAAUUAUAUAUUUUCCAGACGAACUUCCCAUCCAGCACGCCGAGGUGGAUGCCGCUGUUGAUCCCAAGGUCCAGAAACCAAAGUCGUCGACGGAGGAGGGGGAGGUAGCAGCUGUCGAGGAGACAGGUGCGGUCGCCGCCAAGGCGACCAUCACCUCUGAACAGGCCGCAGAGGAGGUCGAACAAGCGCAGGAAUAG